AUGGAAGGUUGGGCCGGAGUCAUUAUGGCCGCAGGUGAGGGACGCCGGAUGGUGUCGAAAAUUCCGAAGCCGCUGCACAAGGUCUGCGGCAAGGAACUGAUUCGCUACCCGGUGGAAUUGCUCCAAGCAAUGGGUGUCGGGCGGAUUGUAAUCGUGGCCUCACCAACGACCGCACCAAUGAUCGGUGAACUCCUUGGCGAUGAUGCCGACUAUGUUAUCCAACCGGAGCCAUUGGGGACCGGGGACGCUGCAGCAUGGGGUGUGGGCGCUCUGCCUCCUGACGUGAUGAACCUGGUGCUGCUGGGCAGCGAUUCGCCACUGAUUCGGCUGGAGUCGGUGCGCCAGUUGAUCGACAGUCAUGAGUCACUCGGCAACCAGAUGACCCUGCUUACGGCAGCUGACAUGAUGGCUCCAGACCUGGGAAGAAUCGUAAGAAAUGAAACGGGCCAGGUCAUGGACCUGAUUGAGGCAACGGACUGGAAGGGCGACCAAUAUGAUCCGACAGAGGUUAACGCCGGGGUUUACUGCUUCGAACGGCAAUGGCUGGCCCGAUGCCUGGAAGGGCUCCAGCCGACAACCAACGGUGAAAAGUACCUUACUUCCCUCGUGUCCCUUGCCGCCAGUGAGGGACACCGGGUUGACGGUGUUGCCAGCGAAAUGCCCGAAGAGAUAUUCGGCGUCAACGACCGGGUGCAACUGGCCCAGGUAGAGGCGGUUAUGCAAUGGCAGGUUAUAGAGCGACUGAUGAGGUCGGGGGUCACGGUCCAGGACCCUGCUUCGGUUUACAUUGACGCUGACGUUGCCAUCGGACAGGACACGGUGAUUCGACCCAAUACCACCCUGCUGGGCCGGACAAGGAUUGGCGAAGACUGCGAGAUAGGGCCCAACUCGAUAAUCCAGGACUCGACCAUCGCCAGCGGCUGCAGGGUUACGGCAUCGAUGCUGGAAGAAGCCACUCUCGAGGACGGAGUUGACGUUGGACCCUUCAGCCACUUAAGGCCGGGCGCUUACCUGGAAUCAGGCGUCCACAUUGGCAACUAUGUGGAGGUAAAAGAGAGUCGCCUGGGUCAAGGAGUCUUGGCCGGUCACUUCAGCUACCUGGGAGACGCCAGCAUUGGCGCUGGAACGAACAUCGGCGCCGGGACCAUAACCUGCAACUUCGACGGGAAAGACAAACACCGAACCGAGAUCGGCCACGGAGCCUUCAUAGGGUGUGAUACCUUGCUGGUUGCCCCUGUUUCCGUUGGGAGCGGCGCCGCUACCGGGGCGGGGGCGGUGGUUAACAGGGAUGUUCCAGACGAUUUGCUGGCAGUGGGUGUUCCUGCUAGAAUAAUGACAAGGAAGCCUCAAAUAGAUCGGACGGAUUCCACAGAAUAA